AUGCUCAGCCCUCAGAAGUCCCCGCCGCCCUUGAAGGGCGCCUCAAGCUACGCCUCUGUGCUCUCUUCACCCGGCCUCCCUUCAGAACAAUAUGCUGCUCUAGCUGGCCGUCAGAAAGUAGAGGGUUUGUUCUCGCGUGGCGGAAGUAGCCAGGCUGGAUACUCUCCUUCCCCGCCGAAGACCCCUCGUUUUAAUAGCCCUCAACGGUCAUAUGCUGGCCUCACCCAAGAGCAGCGUCUGCAUGCUUCGGAGGUAAGGCACGCUACCCGCAAGUUGCGGGGUCCUAGUUUUGACUUCGACGAUGAGAGCUACAGCAGCGCUGGGCGUCAUCGGUACGGUGGUCACUGGGACUACAGGGACGAUGGGAAGCCGAUUCCCCAGAAGUAUAUCGACGAGUUCAACCAAAAGUGGCAUGAGGAUGACGAGGACAAUGACGCUGACCAGUUCAUAGCGGACUACCAGUGCGAUGCCACCUGGCGCGAGCAUCAGUCUGUCUACUCGUGCAGUGCUCCCCGGUGCGAGUAUGAGGUCGCGGACAUGACGAGGCAUGUAGAGGACUACAAGCGCUCGCAAGGUCAGGCGCCACGGGCCCAUCGUAGAACGGUAAGGAGGGCUGAGGCUGAGCCUCGUCCUGACCUUUUUAGCAAGUUUAGCUGGGAUAGUAGCGAUGAUUCGGAGGACUCUGAGGCGCCGAAGAAGUCGACGCCUUUGCGGCGUCGGAAGUCGAUUGGGGAAGGUCUCCGGCGGAGCAUCAGUAGGUCACGCCGAGAGUGA